AUGGCUUCUCUCUCCUACGACCACUCGCUGUUUCUCCGCCGCAGUCAAAUUCAACCGUUUCCUCGGCGUUAUCUCUUGUUAUUCUAUCACCGGACCACCGAUACUCGGCGGUUCAGCACCAGCAGCGCCGAGUCAACUCAGACCGAGUUCACCGAGGAAAACGCAUACGAGCUCUUAGGCGUGUCGGAGACGAGCUCAUUCGCCGACAUCAAAGCUUCGUUCCACAAAUUGGCGAAACAGACUCACCCGGACCUCGUUCACUCCGAUCACGAUUCCGACGCUUCUCGCCGAUUCGUUCAAAUCCUCGCCGCCUAUGAGAUUCUUUCGGAUUGCGAAAGGAGGGCGCAUUACGACAGGGACCUGUUAUCGCAGCGAAAGCUUAUGCAGAAGCAAUCCGGGGGAGGUGGUGCAUUGCAUUUGUAUAAGUUUCAUAGUACAUAUAGGGGGAUGGAAGUUGUGGAAUGGUUGAAAUGGUAUAGAGUUGCGAUAAGUGAUGUGUUGGCUGAGAGGAGGGUGGUUGUUGGAACAGGUUAUUUUGAUGUGCUCGAGAGGGAUUUUUAUUCCGCCAUACAUGCGGCGUAUUAUGGUCCUGAAAUUGAGUCUAUUGAUUGUCUUCCUGACUGCUUUGAAGCUGAAGAGAGGUCUGUGUAUGAAACUCCGGAGGUGCUGCAUUUGGUUUCGGGGCGUGAUGUUUUUGGGAUGGUCUGUGUAGUAGAUAAAGUUCCGGAGUUAGCAUAUAGCAACAAGAGGUUGAACUAUUCCACAUCAGCGGAUUUAGGUAUAUGUCAAUCUGCUGAGGAUUUGAGAAUCUCUAUGAGCUCUGGUGGCACCCACACAUCUGAUCCUUUUAGAGAUUUAAAAUUGCAUAUAUCUGGAAGGGUGGUUGCUACGGCCACUAGAGUCCCUCCCAAAAGCUAUUGUGACGGGAUACAGAAUGAAGACACUGAUCACAUUCACGUUUUUCUGAGCUCUGAUGAUAACCCUGUGCAUACCAGCAAAGGGUUUACUGAAGCUUCAAGUUCAGGCAGUGCUGUGGGGUCAAGGAUUCUAUUGGGAACUAUAACUGGGUUACGGACUAGCUCAGAAGAAGGGUCUUGUCUUGUCUACAAUAGCAGUGGUACCAAGACCCAUGUGAUUAUGAAGCAUAGAACACUGCUGGUGAAACACAUGCAUUGGUAUGGAUUAGGAGACAAUGUUUCUGUAUGUGAGUGUAGAUGCACGAGAGCACGAUUACCACCAAGCAAAUUUUGGUUGUUUGAGCCUCGUUGUGGCAUGCAUGACAUAGGCGGUUGGUAUGUUGAAACAUAUGGCAAAGAUCAGAAAGGACAGUUAUUACCAUCACAGAGAUUUUGGGAUGGCUUUGAUGCUAGGGAACAAGAAAAGAGACUCCAUCCUGCGAUGUACCUUCUUGCUAUGGCAUAUAGAACUUUAGAUCUUGAAGAUGCAAAAAGAAAGAAACAUACAUUCAGGGAUGUUGUCGACAGAAACCUGUUCAAAUUACUCAAUUGGUGCAAAAGACUUGCUUAAGACUGUAACAGGGUUUCAGAAAGCAUCAAGUAAUGCAAGGCGGAUAAAGAAUCUCCUGCUAUUAGUUUUCACUUUUCACCAAGUAAAGAUUCAUGUUAGCAUGUGUUUGAAGAAACUGCUGUAGGGUAUGCAAAACGUGUUUGGGAGGGAUGCCAGUUUGGCCUCUCUUAAACUAUGGUUAGGUAUUCGUGCUCAGAAAGAUGCCUCUUGGCGUAUUAUUGAAGUCAACUGUUUACCUGAAUUGGUGGUUAAAAAAAUUUGGAAGGUGAUAUUUCUUCUAGCUUUACUCAUCUUUGUUGGGUGAUCUGCCAUGGUAGAAAGCCUGAUAUUUGUGAUCAGAAGCUUUGUCUUCGUCCAAACAUCAGUUAUUAAGGUUGCAACUCCAAGUAUGAUUUCCAGAUCAUCUCUGUCCUUCUGUUGGUGUUUAUGGAUAUGACAUCUCAUCCUGCUAGUGCUACCAGGAUAUUCUAAAAACUAUCUUCCGGAUAUUAAAGGAGCGUAGCUGCCAUGUUGCGUCUGCAGCCAUUGUUGUGAACAUUAUUUCCGGAAAUGCUGUUUUCGCAAGGAGAGUGCCAUAUGGCCCAUAUCAUAUGGAUGUCCAUCGAAGAGACAAAUCUUUUUCAGGUAUCGUUUGCUGAGAGCAUUGAGGUUGUUGAAGGCAUGGGAGCACACCGAUGGCAGUUUGAUGUUGGCCCAGAUACGUAUUUAUACAUUUUUGUUUUUGUUUUACUGGUUUCACAUGUUUAUCAUGUAUAUUUCCUGUUAUAACUGCCAGCUCUUCUG